AUGGCAUCUCGAGCGCAGAACCUCCAGGACAAUUACGAGCCCCGCCCUGACCCGCAAUCCCUCACAGCAAACAAGGAUCCAUCUCAGAAUUCGUCCACAAAUGUCGACUACGAACCUCACCCCGACCAAUCCAUUCAAAUAACUCCAGAGCGUCAAAACAUCAUAGACUGCAUCACCAAACUCUACAGCGGCAGUGCAAGCGAAGAAGAUAUGCAAGUCUACGCUGGAGAGGCGAUCUACGACGACCCGUGGAGUUAUUGUGAUACACGGUACAAGAUUGCUGGACAAUGGUACGGAAUCCCCAAAGUUAUGGCAUCCUCCAAGACACUCGCAACAGAAGUCGUCUCCAACACAGAUACACAGCUGGCUUUCAAGAUGAAGCAAGAGUAUACGCCACGGGUGGUACAUUUCUCGAAGGCUGUGAACAGUCUGGUGACACUGACUCUGGAUGGCGACGGCAAAGUAAAAUAUCACAAAGACAUGUGGAAUCACAAAGAUUAUAGCCAUGAAGGGUUAGGGAAAGUCAUGAAGACGCUCAAUGGAGACUAUCUGACGGGGAUAACGAGACCGCCGAAAGAACUGUGCAUGGCUGACUAA